AUGGGGAAUGCUGAACCUCCGAAUCGGGGCCAAGCUGAUUGUACAGCUGCGUCAUCCCUGCUCGCCAGCGAUGCGCGGUAUAAAAAGUUCGCUACCCAAGUGGACCGAGCGCUCCAAUCCUUUGAAAGCGUGAACGAGUGGGCCGACUUUAUCUCAUUCCUAUCGAGAUUACUGAAGACCCUUCAAUCUCGUCAGCCCCCCUUAUACGAAAUACCUCGCAAGCUCGUCGUAUCGAAGCGACUCGCACAAUGCCUCAAUCCUGCGUUGCCUUCAGGUGUACACCAGCGCGCUUUAGAGGUCUACGCGCACAUCGUCAGCACUAUCGGCAUUGAGGGUCUUCGUCGAGAUCUUCUCGUUUGGUCCUCCGGCCUCUUCCCCUUCUUUCAAUUCGCGACUACCUCGGUCAGGCCCCAUCUGCUCAACAUCUACGAGACGUACUAUCUGCCGCUAGGGGCGGAUCUGCGACCGGCCACCAAGGCGAUGAUGCUCGCUCUGUUGCCGGGCAUGGAAGAGGAGACGGGAGACUUCUUCGAGAGAGUCCUCGCCCUGUUGAGCAACAUAUCUGCAGCAGUAUCGCACGACUUUUUCCUGCACAACAUACUCCUCGUCCUCAUAUCCUCGUCAUCCGCUCGGCUCGCCGCUUUACACUACCUCUCGCGUCGAUUGCUCAAACCUCCGGACGACCUACAGAGCGGACUGCUCCUUCGAGGAACAGCUGCCGUACUGGCGGACGAGAACGUGCUGGUCAGGCGGUACGGCCUGGAUCUGCUCCUGCGCAUCCUGCCGAUGGACGGCGAGCUGUACAAUUCUGACGUCGGGUCAUCAGAAGAUAAAGAUCGGGAUCUCCUGCUACGAGCGGCCUUCGACGUCCUUCUUCAACGAGACAUAUCGCUCAGUCGGCGGGUCUACACUUGGCUACUCGGUACCGCCGAGACGUCCGAGGAGCAUAUUGCCUACUUUCAGCAAAAUGGUCUCGAUGCCCUAGUCGCCGCGUUGCAGGGGGAUAUGGCGCUGAAUCCGACGUCUCAGAGACCGUUCAAGACGUUCCUGGCGCUGCUGGACAAGUGGGAACCGGGGUCGCUCUUGGCACCACGUCUUGUGAUGCCAGGUCUGAGAGCCUUGUGGACUGCGAGCAGGACCGCCGAUGCGGAAACACGAGCAGAGCUCUCCAUUACUGCUAAUGCCGUCUCCGAGGGUGUCGAGCCACUUGUAUUAUGGAGACAAUUGUACACCAUGUUGAAAGCUCAACAGGAGGAGGACGUACUUUUCAUCUGCUGGAUCUUGGCCACCAUGUCUCGCCAUGAAGAGGAGGUCUUACAAGUCUACAUUCCCGCUGCGCUAGAGCACUGCUUACAACAGCUCUUCGAUGGCUCUGUACCUUUCGAUAAAGCGGUGAUAUCAGUUCAACGUCAGAUCGUACCCUCCGCUAUUCAACGGAUCUUCACCGCAGCUAUGUCGACUACGGUACAGAACUCCUCGGCCUAUCUCGUCGUACUCAAUAUGGCUGCCUUUCUUCUCGCGAGCGAAGUGCCCAUGGGAUCAGUGGACAUUACAGCGUGGAUGAGCAAGCUGUGCCUCCGGCUGAAAAGGAACUCCUUCGUUAUCGUCGAAUCCAUCUCGAGCUUGAUCUUACAAGUCAUCCGAUCGCCGUCUACCCAGUCUGCCUCUUUCGACAUGGAUGACGGACUCGUGGAAACAGUCAUGAUCUCGCUCCUUCGCUUCCUCCGUUCAGAUCAAGCGGGAUACCACAUCCGCGCCGUCGAGCUCCUCUGGGAGUUCAAGCUUCACGCGGGUCCUUACGUUCUCGAAGACGCGCUAAGCCAGCGGAUGAAGUCUACGGACGAGUACCGCGCGUUCGAGGAGUUUGGGACGCUUUGGCGGCUAACAGACGAUGCCAUGCUACUUGGGGAUAUCUUCUGGACACCAAUAUCCAUCAUACUGGACGGCGUCAAAAGCUCCGAUCCGACGAUGCAGCGGAUCUGCAGGACCUGGAUCAGGGUCAAUCUGGGGUCGUACACUAGACUGCUAGACCCCAUGUUGUGUCGUCUUAUCGGUGACGGCAAGACUUUGCGGGAUCUGUCUGUCACGAUCCACCUAGUCGACGCCCUUACAACAUUACUGCGCUCCGGCGAUAAAAAUACGGCCAAGGCGUGUCAGGUUGACGACCCGAGGAAAUCUCCUUACGUCCUUGUUGCCGGACAGACCGCUUCCAACUACAGCGAGCUGCUUUCCGGGAUCCUCAUCAAGCUUCUUCACUCCUCCACCUCUGGUCCAACUCGCUCAAACCUGCUCUUACGGCUACACGGCUCUGUCCUUGGCCUCAUCCAGCUUCAGCUCUCCUUCGGCGCGCUCGAUCCCGUCCUCGUUGAGCGGUACCAGUCCGCCAUCCUGGACAAGGCGGAAGAAGCCGUCCGCCUCGCCGAGCUCGACCUGCAGGACAAGAUGCUCGCUCUCCUCCGGUCUUCGGUGUCCGACAAGCCAAAGGCACACCGAAAGUCCGCCUCGGUGUCUACAACGGAGAAGAGCUCGGCGGCGGAGAAUGUUCAUGAUCGGGACGGUCGGAUCGUCCAGCUCGUCCGGACCGCGCUGGCGGAUGAGCGUCUCCUCCCGAUCUUGCAGAGCUGGAUUGACUUUAUUCUGCAGUCUGCUCCGCAUUUGCAGCCAAGGCGAGACUUGCUCGAGCUCCUCAGCGGGAGCCUGGCGGCUCAGAUCAGGACGCAGGUCUUGAGUUUGAAGGAGGGAUUUGCAACGGAUGUAGGGCGGCUGUCAUCGUCUGAGCUGGAGCCGAGCAUGCUUCUCGAGGGUCUGGAGCGAAUUGCCAUUCUGCUCUUGCCGAGGAAGGGGAGUCGGCGGAGCGAGGACAGUUUGAGGAAUGGAGAGGGCGGGAGCUCGAUAUUGGGGUAUAUGUCUGGAGUCUUUACGGUGGAGGGACCGGCGGCUGACAUCAAAGCGGACAAUGCGCAGUGGCUCGACGAUGCGGUCCACGCACUUUUGGUCGCCUGGACCGUAACGGAUAUCCCAUCACCAAGCGGUUCGAGCUCGUCAUCCCAGUCCCAGAUCUUUGCGCGCAUACGCUCUCGCACCCGCUCGGUCCUGGACGAGAUGUUCAAAUCUCACCCUUCGGCGGUCUUUGGCAGUCUCGUUCGGCUCUGGGCGCUCACAUCGGCCGAGAUCACCGAUGCGGCGAUCUUUGACGCGGUCGACAGCCUUACGUCCAGCGCGCAAAAGGUGGUCGAGAUGGUCGGCGAGGUCCUCGUACCCAAGUCAAAGGCCGAUCACACUGUCGACCCGAUCUAUACUGGCUUCCUCGAGGCGUAUAUACAGCGUCUCGAAGCGCCCAUUGCCGUUCAGGUGUGGUCCACCACCUUUGGGCUCGCAAAAGACAUGUCUACGGUCGCUACUACGCCCGUCGCCAAGGCCCAGCUGUAUCCGAUGUUGAGGUGUCUGGUAGCUCUAGGCCGGACUGUGGCCACUACGAGUGCGUUGGAGGAUCGGCGAUUGAGGAGGGAUCUGACCGAGACGUAUGCGAGAUUACUGGAUAACGUUGUGGUGAAUCUGCCAAAGGCGGCGGAUACGGGGUUCUGGGAGCGAGGGACAGGUGCAGUCGAGGGACAGGCAAAGGUGCACGAAUUUAUCGCUUCGGAGCUUGUCCCCAGCCUCAGAGCGCUGCUGGUCGAGAAUGACCGCAUCGCUGUUGCGUGCUCGUCCAUCGCGACUGGAGUUCUUGUCCCGGCGUUCAGGCAACAAAAGGUCGGAUCGUCCAUUCUCGACAUCAUCUCCGAGAUGUCACACUUGAACAGUUCCGGUCGAUCCUGGCGCCCCCUGAUUGGUGACGCCUUCAACGAUGCUCGCUUCUUCCGCCUCUCCGCACCCGAGUCGCACCAGUGGCAACCGCUCAUCUCCGCUCUCAUGGACACAGACAAGGACCGCUUCCUCGAGCUUUUAUCCCGUAUCCAGUCCGGCCCCUCCGCCAACAUCUUUAUCAACCGCGAGUCGGAAAUGAUCUCCCGCUCGCUCAAUCUCCGUCGACUCUCCUUCGUCCUCCUCUCCGCCGAGCACAACCACUACCUCACUCAACUCCCUAGUAUUCAGGAGAAAUUGGUCGAUAUCCUCCGGAACGACGUCGUCUCACCGCAGGUCCAUAGCGAGGUGUAUCUUUGCCUUAGGGUAUUGAUGACGCGUGUGUCGGCGCAGCACAUGAACAACUUUUGGCCGGUCAUCCUGGCGGAGUUGCUCAAGGUGUUCGAGGGGACAAUGGAGGAGCCACCCGCGGAUGGGGAUGAGGGACUUCUCCUUGUGCUGGCGGCGUGCAAGUUUUUGGAUCUGCUCCUUUUGAUGCAGUCGGAGGAUUUCCAGAUUCAUCAAUGGAUGUUCGUGACCGAUACAACGGACGCUGCGUUCCCUCUAGAAGGCUAUGAGCCCGAGGCGAUCAUGGACCGCCUGAACGAGAUCCUGGCGGAACAUGCGCACAUGACGUCUUUGGCCAAGAAGGUGAAACCGGAAGCGGUGGCAUGGGAGGAGCAGACCGGGCCGCGGGGUCCAAGAUUGAGCGGCAUCAAGGGGUUGACGAGUCUGCAUCAGCUGCAGCCAUUCUUUGCGCGCGCGAGUAUCGAUACUUUUGAGGGGGUGUAUUCGGGGCAGGAGGUGGAUUGGGAGCGGGUGGAAGAGGGGCUGAGCGAGGAGAUCUUUGAGGGGACGUGA